CUCUGCGCUUGUCCCUCUACUUAUAGCAAUUAGAGUUAAAGACCCAGAACGUUGGCCGGCACUAGCCAAAUGGUUUCUUUAUAACCAAUUUUAGCCACCCACGUCUAGGAGCCAUUGGUACUGGAGGCCUCCCUGGAACGCUGGAAGGUGGAGGACUGUGCUGUAAACUGGAGUCGGCUGACUGCUAAGCGGCUCAAAGACUCUGAGGAAAAUGAAGUUUCCCUGCCUCUCCUUCCGGCAGCCCUAUGCUGGUUUAAUCUUAAAUGGAGUCAAGACUCUUGAGACACGUUGGCGUCCCCUCCUCAGUAACCAUCAGAAAUGUACCAUCGCCAUCCACAUUGCUCACAGGGACUGGGAAGAUGACGCCUGGCAAGAAGUGCUGAUAGAGAGGUUGGGAAUGACCCUGACACAGAUUCAGACCUUACUACAGGAAGGAGAGAAAUAUGGCAGAGGUGUGAUAGCAGGACUUAUUGACAUUGGAGAGACUUUGCAGUGUCCAGAAACCUUAACUGCCGAUGAGGUUGUGGAACUGGAAAAUCAAGCUGUGCUAACCAACCUGCAGCAGAAAUACCUGACUCCAAUUUCAAACCCCAGAUGGUUACUGGAGCCCAUACCUAGAAAAGGUGGGAAGGAUAUAUUCCAGGUAGAUAUCCCAGAGCAUCUGAUCCCUUUGCGGGGAGGGAUGGAGCAGUGAAUGCUCUGGAGAACAAUUAAGAAACUCAAUAAGUAAUGGCUCUGCCAUUAGCCCAUCAUAGUAUGAACCUCUAAAUAUCAGGGUGACUCUAAGCCACUAUUACCAUGCAGACCACAUCCUACCCUGUGCUAUUCCCAGAUCCAGACUGCUAUGCUCUCAAUGAAGGGUAUAUCAGUGAGUUCAUCCCUCCUGCUGUGGCUCUGUCAGCGAAGCCACAAAGUCUCAACAACUUUGGACUUGUGGAAAAGGAAAACUGCCAGGAAAUGACUUCUUGCUGAAGUUCACUUUAGUCCUUCUUUUUCUGGAUUGCACAAAUAAAUGUGUUGAUUAUAAAUGUA